GCACACGCAAACGAGAAUUUACAGCUAACUUCACUUCAUAAAUGUUCGAUCUUUUACAACUACGUCGAGGCUUGUACUUUUUGGGAUUACGCUUUUCGGUAAUUAUUGUUUUUCUCAUUGCAUUCAGUGUCGUUUUGUAAUUUUUGAUUCGAAUUCUAAUUGCGAGACAUGGCUUUGAGCGUUGCUCUACCUCUAGCGGGCUUGGAGACAGAUAACUUCAACUCGUUCAGCUCGUUCGGGCAUAUCAUAGACAUAGCGGGGCUUUCGCAGUCUCAGUCGAGCCCGAGUCCGUCUGUCUCCAGUGAAUCUAGCGGUAUCGGCUCGCUGGGUUCGCUCAAGUCGGAGUCAGUCAACAGUGACUCCCUCCCGUCUAGUCCUCAAACAACAGAGAAGAAAAUAUUUGAACCGGUGGUGCAGCCGCAGCCACGUCCGAAGGAAAAGUCAUUUGAUGACACUAAAGUGUCCUAUGAGGGACGUGAUGUCCUCAACCUGAUGGCUAACCUCACGGAUCCGCGAUGGAGCUACCGUGCCACAGUGCUGCCGCCGAACAACCCUGCACUGUUCUUUGCCAACCGCUCCCAGUACCAUCGGCUGGGACCAUAUGGGACUCGCACACAGUACGUAAAGGAUACUUGCCGCACAUGCGGAUUCUCAUGGGUUGUUGCUGCCACAGAUUGAUGUGACAAUGUGUCAGCAUAAACUCUGAACAAAUUAACAUUGAAAAGGUACGACUGGGACACAUCAGGGUGCAUAUCAACACCUAAUCCAAUCCAACUAUCACAAUAAGGUGCUUGCAUCAUAAGUUAACAAGCAAGCUGAUGACUUAAACAGUAACUUUGUAAUCUUCACAAAAAGUAUUAAGGUACAAAUAUUAUUAAUUCUCCACUCAAUAGUUAAUCCUAUUUUAUUUUAACAUAGAUUAUUACUUAAAAUAAAAAAUUAUUUACAAAUAAAAGAGUAGGUACUUUGGCCAAGGCAGAUUCCACAUAAAGUAUGUUUCCCUGUUGUGGCCCAGUUCUACAGAUGACUGUGGAAUAUUUAUGUGGCUAUCGUCUCGCGCAUUCGUAGAGUUACAUUUUAACGUGACUUAAUACUGUGAUCUUAAUUUAAUCAAGGCAAUUUUUGACAAAUUCUGUGAAUGUCAUGCGUGACGAUAUUUAAUUUCGUUUUUGUUUUAAUUUAUUUUGUGUGAUAAAUUUAGGCUUAAUUAUUACAUAAUUUGCAAUGCCAUAAAAUUGCAGACUUAUUCCAAAUCAGCAUUUCUAGGUCCUAAUCGAAAAAGAAACGACGAUUCGAACGAAAAGCAUUCUAAAAUUGACUGAGUCGACAAUUACUUAUUUAGUGAAACUAAAGACCAUUACAAGUAAAAUAUUAUGCUACACUUAGUUCCUCUUAGACUUGAUAAUGUUUGUUAUCCAAAGAAUCUUUGUAUAAUGUGCAUAUUUAACUUUAAUGUUAGUUUACACAAUAUAUCAUAAUGUAGUACCUGUAAAAUGCAAGUGAUUGAUCAUUUUGGAGCUUGCAUUUUAUGUUACAGUUUAAAGCAAUAUUUAAAUUAUGGACAAUUACUUAGAAAUAAUGAACUAGUUCUUCCCACCAUUACAUUACAUCGUAACAGUAACUAUUUAAAUAUUGUUUUAUGAUAUUCUUUAGUCUGUAGAAAUAAUAAGUUAGAUAUAUUCCACAGUCAUUUAUCAGUAGGAUCGUCAUUGUUUGAACCAAAAGGCUGCUUCUCGGAUGUUAUUUAAAUUUACGAUUUGACGAGACAGGCACGAAUUUAAAGCCAAGCUGUAGGAUAAUUUUAAGGUAUAAAUAUGAUUGUUGGAUGUACCGUCCGAGCAUUACAUAAUAAUAGUGAUGACAUAUAAUCUAGAGGAUACAAUCUUGACACAUUGCCCAAAAAUUGAACUUCUAUAGAUCGAACGCGAAGGCAAGAACAACUCAUUUAAUUAUACGACGAGCCCAUAUGGAACAUAGUCAACGUGGGUUAUCAGUGCAUAUCAUCACAAAUUAAUGCAGUGAUUAGAUAUUGUAAGGUAUUUGUAGUUGUUACAGACCGUUUUAAAACGUUUGAGUCAUUGAUAUGCCCAGAUGCUGGGUUUCUAGUGAAAUUAUAGUAAGUGUCGUUAACAGACUGGCAAUAUCUCUAUCUAUGUGCAUAUAUAAAAUGUAAUAUUCGUGGUCUCUUAAUUUAGUCAAGAUAUUUAAUAGUAUGAGUCUCUUGGAUAUGUGUAAGUAAUGUAUAACAUACUACUAACUAUAACAAUUGAUACUGUCCUUUUGUGCAACUUUAGUUCUGCUACGUUGUGAUCAGCUUUAAAUUGGAACUGGAGUAUUUGUACACAAUAAUGUUGACAUAUUUCCCACAAAGUUAUUUUUAUAAAAUAAUGUUGAUAUGAGACAAUACAGUAUGUAGUUUUCAAAAUUUCCUUUAUAUUGAUACGGAAUUCGCUUAAGGUUUGGCAAAUUUUGGAAGGGACCAACAUCCACGUUUGAUUUGUUGCAAUAUUGUUUGUCAAUAGCUUGUGUCACCUCCAACCGGUGCGUUUAUCGUGAUCUAAAUUUACAUUGCAUUUUAUCAACCGCUUUAUCUUUAGUCAUCGCCACAACUUUUCUGUUUGUCUGUUAUCAAUUUUCUGGGCUAUGAACACAAAACGUAAUCAAUUAGGUAAAUAUUUACAGAAUUAUUAUUUAUGUAUUUAUGAUUCAGUGGGUUAUACUUAUGACUGAACAUAUAGCAUGGAUCUCAGAAUGCAGCUAUUUAUGAUUCUAUGUUGCCUGUGACGGAGACACCCCACAAGGUCGAACAAUAUACUGAGAGGUGUCUUCAAAUGCCUACAAGUGUGCUAUAUCCUCAGUCACACAUACUCACAAAAUGGUUGUUAUUGGUUAUUUAAAAUCAAAUGUUGCAUUCAGAUUAUUUUUAGUUUACUAAGAUUUAAUAUUAUGACAAAGCUGCAAUCGAAUGUAGUUCAAAGAAAGUAUUCGGAGCGAUACGCACAGUUUUAUAGACUACGAGUAGCUCUUGUUGUGAACGUCUCCUAAAAUAUAGUGAACCCGCUGGCCCUGCUCGCGCGGCCGCGUGGGAGCCCGAGCCACUCACAGGCCGAGGUGCGAUGCAAUACUUGCAUUCCAGUUUUGUGUUAAGUUAGCAGCCGAGGGUAGUAGUUGUUAAUGUUUAUUUAAUCCACAUUGCCAAAUAUUUUGGUUGUUGUGCUAUUUAUUUAACAAAAUUUUCUAAAAUAUCAAUUUAGUACCUUCCAUUGAUAAGUGUCUUCAAGUGAUUUUACAAUGUUUAAAUCAUUUCAAUUUUAUGCAUUUUAUUUUGUUUAGUCAAAUCAUAUACACGAUAUUAUACAUAAUAUUAUAUGUUGUAUUUUAUCUAUUGUUCAUUCAUAUUUAUGAUAUAUUUUUUUUCUCAUGAACUGUAGUCAAAUGACAGUAUUUUUAUAAAGAAAAUUGUAUAGGAAUGAGGGUUUUUUGCCUAGACGAGGCGUCCCUACCGCCGCCGCCCUGGCCGCGGCGGCCCGGCCGCGCGUCCUGAGUGUAUUAUGUAUAUCUGAUAAGCAUUAUGUAGGUUUAGCGAAAUAGAUUAACUCGGAGACGAACUCCAGUACCAAAACUUAUUGGUUCAAUGUUGUUCUCGUAUUAUCGUGAUAUAGUGCGCCGCAUGCGGCGCAGAGCUCAAUAUUUUUAGUAACCCUUAAGAAAAUUACCUCUUUUGAAAAGAAUAUAAUAUAUAUGAUAUAGUAUAUCCAAUCGAUAAUCACAUAAUUAUGUAUUUCCCUGUUUAUUUUGAUGUGAUAUCAUAAAUGACUGAUCUGAAUUUAGUUUUUAAGUUGGUUAUUGAUAUGCAGUGCUAUUUCGAGAGUGUAAUUAAGAUUUAAUAUGAAGUGCCAAUGCUCGUAAUUUAAUCUUUAUGACUGUUCCUUUAUCGUAGCUACAUAAUGUGAGAGCGGCCCCACUCGGCGCCCGCUCACCUCCUACUACUACUGUUUACUUCAGUAUAAGCAAUCUUCCUCCUAACACUUAAGUUUAAAUUGUUACUUUAUUUAAUGAAUUCACGUAACGUGCACAAUCUCAGUAAUGCUUGCAAUAUUAUGUAUAACGAGUUAAUUCCUCAGUUUAAUCCAGCGUAAUUUUAAGAGUACAAUAUGAGAUGAUGUUAUAUCAUUCUAGUAUCAAAAUUAGCCGAAGAUGUUAAUAUUAUUAUUAGUUAGGUAAAAUUUUAACAUAGCUUCGUAUAAUUGGGAUGUUUUAGUAUUUAGUAGUGUAUAAUAACGGCGUAGUGGCAAGCAACUGUCUCGUGAGUGACGUGAAUAAUGUUAGUGGCAAUAAUACUCGAUGUAAGCCCCCUGCCAAGAGACGUGUACAGUGCACAGGGUCGCGACAGUGUGCGCCGCUGCGGCUGCGGCCGCGGCUGCGGUGCACACGCAACUGAACGAUACACACUAGACGUUUAUUUGUUGUAAUUAUAAUAAUAGCCGUAGGUAUUUUAUCGUACUUAAAUAAUUAUUCUUGCGAUGCCUUAAUUCUGGUUGUCAAUUAGACAUGUCUCUGCCUAGAGUGUUAUCAUUGUUUUUAUUUAUUUUAGUUUUUGCUGUUCCGGCUUCCUCCGUGAACUUCCAGUCCAGGCUGUUCUUUUGAAAUAAUUUUGAGGUCGAUUUAUUUUUACCUAAGUGUUCUUAUUAAAUGUUACCAAAAUGUUUUUAAUAAAAUAUUUUUAUAUGUAGAAA